AUGGCUUUUGAUUUAGGAUUUGUUGUGGUAAUAGUAAGAUCUGACAUAGCUACUGGUGUACGGGGAAGAAAAACGUAUGUCAUACUUGGAUGUGAAAGAGGGGGAAAAUAUAGGAAAUACAAAGCUGAUGCAGUGGCUAGUGUAUACGGCACUCGUAAAUGUGAAUGUCCGUUUAGAUUAAAGGGUAAACCAUGUUCAGAUGGGGCCGGAUGGGUGUUGAAGGUGAUGUGUGGACAUCACAACCAUGAGUUGGCUGAAACUUUAGUGGGUCACCCUUAUGCUGGCAGGUUAAAUACGAGUGAGAAGUCAUUACUGGUUGAUAUGACAAAGAGGUUAACCUUCUCAGCAGCAUUUGCUUUCUUGUCUACUGAAAGGCAGAGUAAUUUCACAUGGGCUUUGGAAAAGCUGAAAGGUUUAUUUUUAACAUCUGAGGGUGGUCCUAAAGUUAUUGUGACUGACCGAGACUUGGCUUUGAUGAAUGCCAUAUCAAGUGUAUUCCCUGAGUCAUAUCAGAUGUUAUGUCGAUUCCACAUCCUUAAAAAUGUUAAAGCUAAAUGCAAAAUGUUAGUUCAUUCUACUGAGGUUUGGGAAGUGUUGAUGGAUGCAUGGGAAAAUGUGAUGGAUUGUGCUGAUGAAAGCUUGUUUGCUGAGUAUGUGAAUGGUUUUGAAUACGCAAGCAGAUCAUGGCCUUUGUUCUUUGAAUAUGUUAAUCAGAAUUGGAUUAUUCCGUACAGCACAUACUUUGUAAAGUUUUGGACGAACAAAGUAAUGCAUUUAGGGAACACAACCACAAAUAGGGCUGAAUCUGCUCAUUGGAGCCUGAAGAAAGUUCUGGGCAAUAGUAUGGGUGAUUUGUGUUCUUGUUGGGAUAGUAUUCAUAACGUCAUUAUCUUACAACACAACAAGAUUAAGGCGUCAUUUGAAAGUAGUGUGUUGCUCAGGAGUGACUAUUUUAAAGGCUACAUAUAUAGAGAACUUAUUGGGCGUGUGUCUCGAUAUGCAUUGGAUCUCAUUGCUAAGGAAUUGAAAAUAGUGCAACAGAUAGGAUUGGACUCCUCAAAGUGUGGAUGUGUAUUGAGACGUACAUUUGGUGUCCCAUGUGCAUGUGAAUUAGCACGAUAUGAUCCUAGGAUGAUCCCUAUAGGUGAAUUUCAUAUCAUGUGGCGAAGAUUGCAUUUCUCAAAUGUUGAAUUAAAUGAAACUAAGCCUCAGUUAUCCAUUAAAGAUGAGUUGAAACAAGUAGAAGAACGAUUCAAUGAGGUUGACAUUAGCGGUAAAGUCACCAUCAAGCAGAAGUUACUUGAAAUUAUUUAA